AUGGCCUCCGGUUUACGGGCCGAAAAGUCCGGUUUCGCUCGGGAAGUUCAGGAGAAACUAAAGGGAAAGUUCGAUAAUGUUCUCGCAGCACGUACACUGAAGUGGAUCCGCUUGCUUCCCGCACCUGCUGGAAUACCGAACCACUUCACUGAUGCAGUCCAGAAAAUUCCGGCGGAUAUUGAGACAGUAGGCAUGGAGGACUAUGCCAAGUAUCUGAAUGAUGGUCUCGUUCUGGGCUAUUUAAUGGCUUGUUUGAACCCAAAGGUGACUUCGCAACUGGGCUCAGUAAAAACGUGGCAACUCGCAGACAACCCCGUUUUCGAGACCUCCCGCCGACGAGACCGGAUCGGCCAGUUCCUCCGAUUCCUUUCGGAAUACGGGGUGGAUGCUUCAAACCAGUUUCAAACGGAUCAGCUCUAUGAAAGCACAAACUUGGUUCAGGUGGCUAUAUGUCUAAGUCAGUUGGGCGUGGAAGCUCAGACCAAACCGGAUUUCACUGGUCCUCGUGAUUUUUGGAUGCAAAAACAUCAAGAACAUCGUCGGGAGUUCACGGAAGAACAGCUGCGCGCUGGUUCGACGGUAAUUGGCUUGCAGAUGGGUACAACCGCUGGUGCGAACGCUUCUGGUGUGAGUUUUGGUAGCAGGCGACAUAUCACUGAUAUGUUCUGA